AUGAUCAUUACUGAGGAUGGGCCGGGCUUGUUCGAGAGGUUUUCGUCAUUUAGUAAACUGAUCAGAAUCAAUGCUCUCUGCCUAAGAUUCAUGACCAAUGCGAAAGGUCAAGGAGUCAGAACAGUAGGUCGCAUAAUUACACAGGAGCUAGUGAAUUCUAGUUUGCGCCUCGUAAAAAUAGUUCAACAGGCUGCAUUCAAGCAGGACUUGCACGCAUUGAAGACACAGAGGAGCGUAUCACGCAAAAACAAGUUGUCAUGCUUGUCUCCAUUUAUCGACGAGCUUGGCAUUAUCAGAGUAGGCGGACGCUUGCAAGGGGCAGCGAUCUCACGUGAUGCAAAGCACCCAAUUCUACUGCCAGGUAAUCAUCCAUUCACAUAUCUAGUCAUACAAUAUGAGCAUCAAAGGCAGCUGCAUGCGAGAGCACAAACCACAUUGGCCGCUAUUCGCAACAAGUAUUGGCCCCUAUCAGCACGAAACAGCAUUAAGAAGUACAUCAGGGAAUGCAUUACCUGUCGCAAGGCAGAUCCACAUGCCUCCGAAGCAAUCAUGAGCGAUCUGCCUGCAUAUAGAGUUACGUCAUCGAAACCGUUUGAACGCAGCGGUGUAGACUACUGUGGUCCGUUCCACAUAAGGUCCGGACAACUUCGCAACACCAAGAUAGUAAAGGCGUACGUAGCCGUUUUUAUAUGUCUAUCUACGAAGGCCGUUCACAUUGAAUUGGUGAGCAGUUUAUCUACCGAAGCGUUUCUGAACGCUCUCAAGCGUUUCAUAGCUCGUCGAGGGCUUUAUCACAUGCUUCAUAGCAAGGAUCAUCAGAACAAGCUGGACAAUCUGCUGAAGGAAGACUUCAUCGAAUGGCAUUUCAUACCACCUCACGCCCCCCACUUUGGUGGCAUUUGGGAGGCAGCGGUUAAGUCCACGAAGCUUCAUUUAAAACGCAUCGUCGGUGACACACCAUUAACAUUUGAAGAAAUGUACACUGUGCUUACCCAAGUUGAGGCAGUCUUAAACUCACGUCCGAUUUCACCCUUAUCCAACGAUCCCAACGACCUAUCCUACCUAACACCCGGACACUUCCUAGUCGGAGACUCUCUUACCACUGUUCUGCAACAAGAUGUUACACAUCUGCCCAAUAAUAGACUUUUGCGUUGGCAACGAGUCAGUCAAAUAUUCCAGCACUUCUGGAAGCGAUGGAGUCGCGAGUACCUGCAGCAAUUACAGCAGCGUACUAAGUGGCAGCGAUCCAAGGGGCCUCACCCAGUCAUUGGCGACAUGGUCAUGGUUCAGGAGAAUAACUCAUUACCGCUUCAGUGGGCAGUUGGACGCAUUGAGGACGUGUACUCUGGCACAGAUGGAGUAUCCAGAGUGGUCUCAGUCCGGACUGUCAAGGGAACAUAUAAAAGACCGAUAACUAAAAUAUGUAUACUACCAAUACGCAAGGAAGAUUAA